UAAUAAUUAUGCUUGAUAUUUAGGUAGUGGAUCAAUAUAGCUUGUAUCCUCAUUUUUUGGAAUUAACAGCUCCCUAUUUCCCUAUUAAGAAUUUCUAAUUUAAGGACAAGGUAGGAACACUCAAUGUUUAAUUCAAAAACCAACAAACAUACAAACCAUUAAUUUAUAUUUAUAUUUUAAGCACUAAUUCAUACGAAGGAUAUAAGAAUACGGCGAGAUAACGAUUAAUGAAAUAUUUUGAUGAUUAUCCAGCUAAAAAUAGCAUCAUUCUAUUUUUUCCAAGUUUAUUACGAGUAGAUGAUAAAGUGAAUGUAAAAUUAAUAUAUAAUGAUUGAGAAAAUACUCCAAUAGACACAUGAAUUGAUUUGCUAAGAUUUGUAGAUUGUGAAGCAAUUUCCAAAGGAUAAAGUCUAGAAGAUUAUAUUUUAUGACCCUGAUAGAGAGUUGAAUAAGGAACAAUGUAUGAGGGAAUUUCUAUAUUAUUUCUAAUUAUCAGUUCAACAAUAUUUGGAGAGUCAAGAUGAUAUAUUAGAGAUUCAAAUUUAUGACUAAGAGCAAUUGAUGUAACAAUAUUGCGUUAAAUAAAUAGAAAGGAGAAAUCUUUCAGUUUUUAUAAGCUCUACUCAUUAAAGGAAAAAAAGGCAAAAAUCUAUGAGAGUAUAGGUUUGAAACAGGAAGCCUUAGAAAUUUAUGUAGGAUAGGAGAAAUUCUUUUUAUAGCAAUACCCAAACACAAUACAACCAAUAUUCAAUGCGAUACAUCCCUUCGAUUUCCUAGUUAGGAAGUCUGUUGAAUCGAAUAUUAGAAAUUUUGAGGAAUCAGGAGAUGAGUCACAGUCAACCAUUUUGGAUUUUUUGGUGUUGAUACAAUAUCGAGUAUUUUACAUUAUUAUGCAAGAUAAUUGAUUUGCUUUCAGGAGGAAAUUAAAUAUAUGGAGUUGAAAAGAUUCUCAAUUUUUCUGAGGAGAUACAAUAAGUUGUGCAUUAAUAGAUUGAAAUCAAUAAACAAAAAUAGUAAUUUCAUGCAGAUGAAGAAGAAUUGUGGGGACUAGGAUUAUUAAUAUGGCAAUUUUUUAAUAUGGUAUUAAUACAUAAUAAUUGAAGAGAGGCAGUAUUAAUUUAAUGGCUUCUGUGCCACAGAAUCUGUCUGGGGAUUUAUUGUUGCAAUAAUUAUAAUCUUAAUUAAAAAUAAGAUUUGCAUUAUUAAACAUUGUUGAGAAAUUAGGAUUUACUCUUUACAAGAUUUAAUUUAAUUGCGUAAGAAGAUUACCACUAGUAAUUCAAUGUGAAUUGUUGGAGUAAACUAUUCUUGAUUAAUUGAAUGAAAUUAAAUUUGAUGAUGUUGUGAUCAGUCGAGAUAUCCAAAGUGAUCCCAAAGAAUUGUUUAAAACUUAUUUGUUGAGUGACACAAAGUUAAAAGGAUAAAUUCACAAUCUACAUGAUUUCUCUGAAUUUUAUUCUUCAAUUGUAAAUGACAUAAUUUCAAUUGCAACUCAAUUAAAUUUGCACAGAGUGAUCUUUGAAUAUUAAUUUAUGAUUUUGAAAUUAAAGAAUGUGUAUCCCAAACUAGAAUUAAACUAGGAUAAUAUAGACAAAGCUUUAAAGUAUAAUAAUAUUGACUUUAAAAAUUUACAUUCAAGUUUGCUGGUUCAAAAAUUGAUAUACUUCUACAGAGAAAAAAUGGAAUUAUCAUUUUAAGAAACUUUUAAGGACACACUACAAUCAAAUCUGCCAGGAAGUAGAUACACAAAAUUGUUUUAAAUCUUAAAACUCCCAUUAACUAAACUCAAAUUAUCAUAUAUUGGAUAUUUUGAGACUUUUUAAGUCAAGCAAAGAAUUUCUUACAACGAUUUUGUAUUUAAAUUUUCGAUUUUCAAAUAUUUGUAAGUUGAAUGUAAUGGAACUUUUACUAUCACAUUAAAACAUAAAGGAGGCGGAGUCAAGGAUAAGAGAAAACUGAAAUUAGUUUCAGACGUGAAGUAGUUGAGAGAGGAGAAAAAAGUGAAUUUUGAAUUCAAACAAUAAUUAAACUCAAAUCAAGGAGGAUUGUAUUCAAUCAGAAAAGUGACUUUCCUUUCUGGUCCUUUCAAGCUGUACUUUGAUGUUUCUUAAAAAGUGCAAUAACUAAAAUUGCAUAUCCUGCACCCCUUAAUAAAUAUAUAGAAUGUUGCUACUAUCACAAACAUCGGAACUCCAAUAUUGCUAUCAGUCAGCGAUUUACCUUUGGAUAUAACUGAAUUAGAACUUACAUUGAUUUCAAAGGUAAAGAUAGCAUCAGAGUUGUUUAGUUUAUAGGGAGCAACUAUAACCUAGAAAGGUAAUAUUCAUAAAGUUGUAGUUGAGGAUCAUUUCUUAAUAUAACAUCCUUUCAUCUUAAAUUUAUAUGCUUUUGAGGAAUUUUAGGAUUAAUAAUUAAAAAUUAUUAUUGCUGUUAAAAAUCACUAAUUUGCAACUAAUUUGAAGGUAGACUCAAUGAAAGUGUUAGAUAUCGUCGAUCUUUCAGAUAAAAUAGACGAUGAUUUAGAAUUGUAUGAAUUACGAAGCAAUACUAAAGGGACAAUCACAAUAGACAAUGGAACUUAAAAUAUAGCUUUAGAACAUCGCAAUUCAAUUAGACAAGUAGCUUAAAAAGGCUAAUGUAAAUAAAUUUAAUAGAUUUAUUUUAGAGAUUUUUAUAAAAUAAUAGUUUAACUACAAAGAUUGUUUUUAGAAAUUGGGUGUUUUAGAUGAAUCUUAUUUCGAAUAACUAGAGCAAUUAUAUUGUAAAUAGUAAUCUUUACAAAAAAUAAUGCAUAUCAAAAAGAAUUUGUAUGAUAUUUAUCAACUGAAGAAAAAAUCAAUUUUGUUUAAAGUUCAAUUUAUGGUAUUUUAGUAUAAUAAUCAUAGAGUGUAUUUAGUUAAGAAAAGUUUAUACCCUAUUCUCAACCAGAUUAUUUUGAUAUGGCCAUAAAGAUCCAAUAUGCUGGAGAUGAUGAAGGAGUGUUCCAAUUUGAAUUGGUGUCUCAUCAUCCAAAAUAGAAUAGAAAAUGGAAGGAUUGUAUAAAAUUAAUCCUAAAUAGCUUUGUCGUAAUAAAAGACCAUAAGUUUAAUGAACAUAAAAUGUUUUCUUACAGGUAGUGAGGAUUUUGAAAACCCUUAAUUAAAAAUACAUUUACUUAAAGAAGAUAAGACAUAUGAAAUUGAUGAGAAGUACAUCGACAUUGAAUUUACACUAAGCAUAAAUGAAUAAUCAUUAUGAGAGAGU